UCGCGUUCUGUCUACUGCUAUUUGUAGAAAACAGCUUUCUCGGACAAUGUCAACAGAGUUUAGCCUAUAUCAACACCAAAGAAUUCGUUUCAAUUCCAACAUCCACGGAAGAUGCAGUACUAGUCAAUGUCAUCUUUCAACAUGGAUUCAAUGCUGAUCAAAAUUCCAACAAGUAUUGCACAUCUUUUUGUGAACUCCUGACAUCUGUUGGAUAUUUGGAAAUUGGAGACCUUUCUUCAAAAUACAAGAAACUGUUAACCUCACAUUGCCAGUUUUGGAAGUACUAUCUAAAUGUUGGUGUUGUUACCAGAAUUAAUGCUAUGAUUACUCCCCUGUUUUUGUCAGAAAACAGUGAUAUGAUACUGAUAUUUUACUUUCUCAUCCUGUCUGGAGUGGAACAGAAUCCAGGACCUGGAGAUAACAAUAUUGGGAGGAAAAGAUUUCGCAAAUCUGGAAUGACUUAUAAAUGUUAUUUGACAAACAGAUCAUCUUUUGAAAAUGCACCAAGAAAAUUAAAAAAUGCUGUUAAAGAAAGGGAAGCUUCGGAUCAUGUAGUUCCAACACCUGAAGUAUUGGAUCAGUCUAUUACAAAAGAUUUUCCAACUUUUCCUACAUCAUCAAGAGAUACACCCUUGUUCAGCAGUUUUAAUGAAACAUCAUGUAUAGAUCAAUUAGCAGAUUCUGAUUCAUCUGAAGAGAAUAGUUUUGUACCAGAUAUGGAGUACCAGCAGUGCCUGGAUUCAGAAUCUGAAUGUGAGGAAAUCAUAACAUCUACAGAUUGUGAUUCAUAUCGAAGAGGAUAUUCAUAAGUUUCCUAUUUAUGUCGGUGCUCAAGUCACAUUAGGAGAAAGCAUUCUUGCAAUAAUGCAUUAUGUAAAGAAACAAAAUCUGACAGGUGAAGGAUUUUCAUUGCUACUGGAUCUAAUUGAAUGCCAUUGCAAAGAAGACAAUUUGUUACCUAAAACUGUGUUCAAUUUAAAACAAUGGUUUCAGGAAUUGCAUAUAAAACCAAACAAACAUCAUUACUGUGGUAAGUGUUUGCUAUCAAUUCCAGAUGACUGCGACACAUGUCCUAACACCAAAUGUAACCGGACUUUCUCAAACAAGAACGAAAGGAGUUUUUUUGUGGAAGUAUCUUUGAUAGAACAGCUGAAGAAAUUAUAUGCACAAAGUGACUUUAGAAAAGUUAUAGCAACACAAUUUGAAAGAGCCAGACAAAACUUUGGGAAGAUCACAGAUAUUACUGAUGGAGAAUUUUAUAAAACAUCCAGUUUUUCUAAACAUCUGUCUCCAAAUGAUUUGACAUUUACAUGGAAUACAGAUGGGGUCCCUCUAUUUAAAAGUUCAAAAUCAUCCAUGUGGCCAUUGUUUCUAUCCAUUAAUGAACUUCCAUACAAGAUGAGAAGAAAUCCUGAAAACUUGCUUCUUAUUGGCCUUUGGAUUGGACCUAAAAAGCCAGAAAUGAUGACAUUUCUCCAGCCAUUUAUUGACGACUUCCUUCAACUUGAAAAUGGGAUUCAUAUUGAUAUCACAAAUGAUUCUGGUGCCCAUAUGCCAAUGACCUUUCGGGGAUUCCUUCUCUCUGGUACAGCUGAUCUACCUGCAAAAUGUACUGUUCACAAUAUGAUACAAUUCAAUGGAAAAAACAGCUGUCCAUAUUGCUUACAGACAGGUGAGACUGAACAGGCAGGAAAAGGUGUAUGUCAUGUGUUUCCAUUUAAUUUUGAUGGACCAACUGAACCAAAACGUUCACAUGAUGAAGCAAUGCAAUUUGCUGAAAUAGCUUGCAAUAACGGAAAACCUGAAUUUGGCAUCAAGGGACCUUGUUGGUUUAUGCAACUAAGCAUGUAUGAUUUUGUUAAAAGUAAUUGUAUAGAUUAUAUGCAUUGUGUUUUACUUGGAGUGACAAAGCGCCUAAUCAAUUUGUGGUUUUCAAAAGAAAACUGCAGAAAGAAAUUUAGCUUUUGGAACAAAUUUGAUGAGGUCAACCAAAAAAUGUUAAACCUGAAACCACCAUUAACAAUCACUAGACCACCUAGGGCUUUAUCUGAAUUGAAAUAUUGGAAGGCUUCUGAAUACCGUUCAUUUUUACUCUUUUAUGGACCAGUUAUUUUGUUAAAUGCUUUGAGUAGUGAAUAUUAUUUUCACUUUUUACUUUUAAGCGAGGCAGUUUUUAUUCUGUUAAAAGAUUCUAUUGAAUUCCAAGAAUUAGACCGUGCAGAAAACCUUCUUGAACAUUUUGUUGCUACGUUUACAGGACUGUAUGAACCACGAUAUCUAACAUUAAAUUUUCACCUUUUGCUACACUUAACAGAUAAUGUUAGACAACUAGGUCCUAUCUGGGGGUAUUCAUGCUUCCCAUUUGAAGAUGCAAAUGGCUUUUUGAUGAACUUGGUGAAGGGAACCCAAUCUGUUCAUUGUCAACUAGUUGACUCCAUGGCAAUAAUGCAUGGAUUGCCAUAUUUGAAAAAGAAUUGUGUUGUUACUGGAUCAAAGGCAGAUCAUUUUCUUGAUAGAAUCAAUUGGAAUGGUUCAAGGAAAACAACAGAACUUGUGAAAAAUAUUUAUGCCUUAGGACGAAUUAUAGAAUUAAGUACAGAAGCAAUAUCACAGGACUGUAACAUUGCUUUAGCAAACUUUUUAAAUCUUCCACCAAAUGGUACUGUGUUUAGGUUCAAGAGAUUGAAAAUCCAUGGAAAUGUGAUGCACUCCAAGGAAUACACAAGAGUAAGAGUGAGGAAUAGCUUUACUGUGAGUUACACUGGAAUUAAUGGCAAAAUCAUGUAUGGGUUGAUCAAUUAUUUUCUAGCAUACAGGUCAAACACAAAGCCUUCAGAAACAGUUGUUCUUGCGAUCAUCACACAAUUAUUUGAAAUGAUAGAUGAACAAACACAUUAUUUUCCCUAUGACGAAAUUACAAAAGAAUAUAUGAUGAACCAUUUUAAAGUGUUUGGGCUUCCAAAUUUCAAUUCCCAGAGAAAAGCAAUUAAUGUUGAAAACAUUCUGAAGUUAUGUAUAUAUAUGCCACAGGACAACUGUGCAUAUGUGUGCCAUCCACCGAAUUUAGUGGAAAAAGAAUAAUAAAAUUCAUAAAAGUAAAGAAAUACAUUUGUACACAAAAGACAAAGGUAAAUUUUUACCAAUAUAUAGUAGUGAACAUGAUCUACAAUAACAUAUAUUUAAUGAAGUUUUCAGUUGUUUCUACAGAAUAAUCACUUGUUCCAAUAAUUACCAUUAUAAUGAGAAAUUUAAUUUGCCUAAAAUCCAAUGACAUUGAGGUACAUUUGUACAAAAUAUGGUAAAUAAUAAAAUGAUAAGCUUUA